GGGCGGCGGAGACCGGCUAGCUUUCCGCCUGGGUGUUGCGUUGUCUCUGCUCCGCCGAGCCGCCCGGAGUUGCCCGACCACUACUUUCCCAGCAUCGAAUUGCAGAGCCAGAGCCAUGACCUGAACCCUGAUGAACACUGUCAGGCCUCUGAGUGACUGGCAAGCGCACCAUGGAGCUGAAAGUGUGGGUGGACGGAGUGCAGAGGAUCGUCUGUGGUGUCACUGAGGUCACGACCUGCCAGGAGGUGGUGAUAGCCUUAGCCCAAGCUAUCGGUCGAACCGGAAGGUACACCCUAAUAGAAAAAUGGAGAGAUACGGAAAGGCACUUGGCACCACACGAAAACCCCAUCAUAUCCUUGAACAAGUGGGGGCAGUAUGCUAGCGACGUACAGCUCAUCUUGCGUCGGACUGGGCCAUCUCUCAGUGAGCGACCCACCUCAGACAGUGUGGCCCGGAUUCCUGAAAGAACUUUAUACCGACAGAGCUUGCCCCCCUUAGCCAAACUGCGGCCUCAGGUAGACAAGUCGAUCAAAAGAAGAGAACCUAAAAGAAAAUCACUGACAUUCACAGGAGGUGCCAAAGGGCUGAUGGACAUUUUUGGGAAAGGGAAGGAAACUGAGUUUCGGCAGAAGGUGCUGAGCAGCUGCAAAAGCACCGCGGAAGAGCUGAAGCGGCUGAUCCGGCUCCAGACAGAGAAGCUGCAGGCCAUAGAGCAGCAGCUGGAGUCCAGCGAGCUCGAAAUACGAUUCUGGGAGCAAAAGUACAACUGCAGCCUGGAAGAGGAGAUUGUCCGCCUGGAGCAGAAGAUCAAGAGGAAUGAUGUGGAGAUCGAGGAGGAGGAAUUUUGGGAAAAUGAACUGCAGAUCGAACAAGAAAAUGAAAAGCAGCUGCAGGACCAGCUUGAGGAGAUUCGGCAGAAAGUCACGGACUGUGACAGCAAGCUGAAGGACUGCCUGGCGCAGAUCCACACCAUGGAGAGCGGCCUUGAGGCAGAGAAGCUGCACAGGGAAGUUCAGGAGGUCAAUGAGGAGGAGGUGAAAGGGAAGAUCGAAAAGGUCAAGGGGGAGAUGGACCUUCAAGGGCAGCAGAGCCUGAGGCUGGAGAACGGCAUUCGAGCCGUGGAGAGGUCUCUGGGGCAGGCUACCAAGCGCUUACAGGACAAGGAACAGGAGCUGGAGCAGUUGACCAAAGAGCUGCGGCAAGUCAACCUCCAGCAGUUCAUCCAGCAGACAGGGACGAAGGUCACCGUGCUGCCAGCUGAGCCCACUGAAAUAGAGGCCUCCCAGGCAGACAUAGAGACAGAAGCGCCAUUCCAGUCUGGGUCCCUGAAGCGACCUGGUUCUUCACGGCAGCUCCCCAGUAAUCUCCGUAUUCUGCAGAACCCCAUCUCCUCUGGAUUUAAUCCUGAAGGCAUCUAUGUAUAACAUUGUCUUCAGGGGAAAGAUUCAGCCAAGGUACCGAGGACAGUAAAAUCCUUCAGUGUGUGCCAACUGAACGAGGGUCUGUCCCAGGCCACUCUCUCCUCUCCAAUUGCAGACCACUUGAGCCCUGUGCACUGACGCCGAACACGGAGCUGUUCACACUUGCAGUAUUGACGCAUUGUCUAGCAGCUGACAUGCAAAGCCUUCGUUUUUAUUUGUAGUAUUCUGAGAACAUUAGAAAAGUAUUAGCCUAUGUUUAUACAUGAAUAAACCCUGAAUUAAAGAGUAAAGUUAUGUAACUGUUUAGUUUAAUUUAUUCCAUGUAACUGAUUGAUGUAUGAAUGUUGCUGUUUAAUAUUUUAUUAAUCCUUAUCCUGUGACUUAAUUAUGUUAACUGUUGUGGGCUUCUAACUGUGCAUGUUGGCAGAUUCCGUCCGAGCUUUGCUCAUGCAUAGCUUCGCUGCCUCCUGGGACACUCACCAUCAGACUGACUCCAGCGGAGCCAGCUGCACUUAAUGCUGGGGCUUCUCCCCACCCCCGCUUUAGUGAGAGAGUUGAGCUUUCUCUCUGCUCUGGAAGCUGAUCGUUUCUUUACAGUAUUUCCCAAUGUAAAUUACCAUAUAACAUCACAGAAACAGCUUUAAUAGGGUAACUGUUCCUCUAAAAUGCUUGUAGUCAUAGACUGCAAGCACGUCAGCUGAUGGCUGCCCACAGGUUUCCUGGUACACGCUGAGGUCUUCCUGCCUUACACUCCCAUGAUGUGAGGAGGAGAGAGCCCUGAAGAUGGGGAUGCUGUACUUUGGGAAUCAUGGGAUACAUUUCAAAGCAACCCACUUCCUCUGUGAGUCCGUGCCAUGCCUAGAAGGGGUAGGUGCUGUUUGCCAUGGUGUAAAUGUGACUGCGUGCUUUCUCUAGUCACCGAGUCAAACCUCGGGAACACCGCGGUCGGGUAUUUUUUUACCAAGGAAAUAAAGUUAAAUUCAGAGUAUGUUUUUAUUUUUAAGUUUGACUUUAUAGGAUAUUAGUCUUAUAUUUGUAUCAUUUUGUGUAUUAAGCCAAAAAAAAAGAGAGUCAAUACUUUUCUCACGCGCAGCGACUUAGCUGCAUUCACAAGGAGCACAUUUGGCAUGAUGCAACUAAGACUUUGGUCUGAAACGUGAAGUAGUUUUUAACUCUAAGAGAAUGCACCCUCUGUACUACUUACAUGCAAUAAAAUAAAAGUGGAUUAGUAGAACAGCGCCCUGGGGUCGCUAAGGGUGCCUCUGGAUGUGUGAACACAACCAGGCUUCUUUUGGUUUACUGGUGUUUAGUGAAGCCGAGAACACAGCUUUGUUUAGGUUUCCAGCGAGAAGAUUUAAGAAUGGCUGUGGAGUAACAGGUGCUCCUUGAGAACUGAAAGCCAUGAAUGUCGCCCCUUACCCACAUAAAUAAAUGAAUAUCAGACCUCAACCUGAUGUCUUUGGGUCCUCGGACUUACCAAGUUGAUCUUGCCAUUACUGCUCUGCAGAGGACUUGAGAAGGAACCGCAGCCUGUACACAUUUGAUCCAGAUUUGUAACAAUUGUUUCAUAUCUAUAUAUAUUUAAAAAUAAUAAUUCCAAGUGAUUUGUAUCUUUCUGUGACAGUGGUGACUCAUGACGCCCGCCCACGCCUUGUUCCGUCCUAUACAGAGCAUUGUUCAGCUCCAUUAAACCUUGGCCACAAAGGUAAACAUUAUACAAAUGGAUUAUUAAUGAGAAAUUAAAGACAAAGCUGGGCACGGUGGCUCAUGACAUAAUCCCAACACUCAGGAGACUGAGGCAGGAGAGUUGCCACAAGACCCAGGCUGUCCUAAGCUCUGUGGAAAGUUCUAGAAUAGCAUGGAGUCUAGUGUGAAGCCCUAUCUCAGAAGGAAAGGGAAGACCUGCACGACUCCUCGGCACGCCUGGCGGAGCAGCAGCGUAGUACACAGCUCACCAGGUUGCUGUGAACUGCCAGGCACACCCCACCAGCUCCCGACAGUCCUGGCUCUCCACCAGUGAGUACCACACUUUACAUCUCUACCAACCUCAGCUCCCAAGCUGCCAGCUGCCCUCCAUGGGCCUCCUUAUCCACACAGACAGCCUCCCGGACGGGCGGAGUGCGGCCAUGUGAGUUCACAAACAGACUGAGCAGCUGGGCUUUGUCUCCAGGUCCAGGACUUCCCAAGCACACCACUGUCAGAUGUUUUCUAAGUCUUUUUUAGCUAGAGAAAACAACUAAUUUCCCUACAGAAAUUUUAGUCUACUGUGCCUGUUUUUACCUACUGUGACUACAAGCGCAUCGGCUUUCAAGCCCUGUCUGUGGCCACAUCUCAGAGGGGUGCGGGCAGUGGGAUUCAAAAAAUACCAAAUGUCAAAUUUUGCAUAUGGGGAAACAAAUAUCCAGGUUCUAAAUAAUAAAUUAGAUCACAAAUUUUCAUGUCUUUUAAAUUAGCACUGCAAGUUAUAUUAUGUGGUUUUUCUACAGGUAUUAAAUAUGUGAUAAGUUUUAUUCUGACCAGUGAAUAAUUUGAAUAUCAUUGGUCUGUUUGACCUCUAGAGCAUCCUUGUUCUCAGAGAAUCACCCACAGUGGGUUACCUCAUUUGUGUGUGUGUGUAUGUGUGUGUGUGUGUGUGUGUUUUAUUUUGUCAUUUUCUUUAUAUUUUGGCUGUUAACAUUCGUUUUUGUCUCAGUGAACAGGGCGUUUUUUUAUGUGAGGCUUCAGAUGGUGCUGAAGCUGCCCUUUGAAUGCCCACUUAGUUGUCGGCGGGCGGGCAGCUCAGCAGCUCCUAGAGUUUAAACAGCCGUUUCCAGCCUGGCAUGUAAGGUAGACACAGCUCGUGGGGAGUGUGGUGGCACAGACCCAUAGAUCCGCACUGCUCCCACAGCCAAGACAGUGCAGUCCUACGCUACCACAGUCUUGGUCCGAGACAAGGACGCUAUGCCAGGGAGACCGUCCCAAGUGAGGAUUGACAGGCUGAAGAAAUAGUAUGGAGAAAAGACAGGGCUGAUUUCAGGCACGCACUGGGCAGGCAGUUAGCGUUGGACGUUGCCUUCGACAGAGUAGGCCUUAACUUUUAUAUACAUAUAUAAAGUGACGCUCUGCAUCCCUCUCUAACACAGCCUGUCUUGACCAGUCUGCGGUGAAGCUGGCUCCUAAGUAUUCCUUUGGUAUCGUGUCAGUGUCUUUCAGUUGCAUGUGCGUCCUGUCUGCUGUGGCCACAUGCCAGGAGAAGGCUGUCGGCUGGUCGGGGGUUCACGGCCAUCAGUAUUUAUUCAGUAUUGCUGCUUCACGCUUCCCGUGCACCUUGGACGCCAGGUCAGUGGCAGCGUCAGCUGCAAGAGCUCCUUCCCGUGCAUUUUAUAUAUUUUUAGAAACCAAGUGGCUGCAGAUGGCUCUUUAGCAUACUAUUAAACCAGCAGAACUCUAAAAGGCAAUAAAUAUAUGCAUAUAUAUGGGGGGAUGGGAAAGAGAAAAUACAGGUUUACAGCCAGCCCUGGUGAGAGCCCGUCCAUGUAUUGCUCAGUGUCUUGUCACUGACCCAGAAGGGUUUGAAUUGCUGCACCUUUAGACAGAAAGUGUCCAUGUUUGCUGACUGUGGGCCAUGAACAUGCUUUUAGUACCGCUUUGCUGAUUUAUAAAUAAGAAAUCUGUAAUAUGUAUUAUAUGUAAUUAUUUUGACUUCAUUUCAAAAUGUAUAUUUUCUGAUUAUUAUCAUGAGCUAUAAAGCAAAAGAUCAAUAUCUGAUAUUCUCCCAAAUAAAUUUUCAAGAUUCGUUGGGGCAUUA